AACAUCUAUUUUUUAAUUGAAUAUUCUUCGUUUUCAUGUGCCAACUUGCAGGAUUUAACUGAAAACACUAAUAGUUUGAUGACUUUGCACACAAACACAAAAAAACUAAAUGUCGAAUUAAAGAAGUGGUCUGAACGAAAUAUUUUAUAAAGUUUAGUGAGGAGUUCGAAACAAAUUAAAAUUCAGUGACCAAGGUAAUAGUAAGUACAAAGUUCAGUGACCAUCAAUGAAAUUCCCUUAUUUAACAAUGAUAAACUUCCUCUUUUUUCAAAUUUAAAAUAUGUAUAAAGUUCAUCUUCAACCGCGAUUUAUGCUACUGGCUAGCUUUCCCCAUUCAUAGCAAGUGUAUUCUAGAUCAUACUCUGCAGUCGACCCAAACUGAAUUUAUAAAAUCACACAACCCAUUUUUGAUUUUUUCUGUAGAUUCAGUGUUUGAGCUUCAGUAACUGAAGCUGAAUUCUCUUAUUUGAUCGUUUUGAGAUUUUGUAUUUCUUAAGAUUUUUGUUAAACGGGAAAUAGGAAUAUGUCUAACAACUAUUAUGAUAAUUGGGAGAGACUCGUGGAAGUUGUACUUCGAAGAGAAAGAGACCGAGAAGUUGCUUUAGCUGAUUCGAGGGAAUCAAGUUUCAGAUCCACAUCCUCUAGUUUCAGAUCCAUAUCCUCUAGUUCCAGAUUCAGGCCCGAUUCUUCAGUUCGUGAGCAGAAUCCUCAGCUUGAAGCUUAUAAUUCCAAUAAUGUAAAUUUGCUUGGAGACAAAAUGCUUUCCUGGGUUCGAGUGGGUAUGCACAAGUGGUUCAACGUCACCACCAACAAUCUCGAUUACUCCGCUGACAUAGACUCGGACUCCGACUCCGACUCGGACUCCGACUCCAAUCCAGAGGUUCUACCUAGGAUAAGGAGAAAGUCGGAGACAUCUAGGACUCGAUAUAUAAACACAAAGGAAAUCAGAAUAUGCGCGAGCACAUGGAAUGUUGGAGGAAGAGUUCCUCCAGAUGACCUAGAUCUAGACGGAUGGUUAGAUGUUGAUGACCCUGCUCAUGUAUAUGUAAUUGGCCUUCAGGAUAUUAUACCAUUAAAUGCUGGUAAUAUAUUUGGUGCUGAAGACCGGCGCCGAGUUUCAAUAUGGGAAAACAGAAUUCGUAGAACUCUGAAAAAAAUUCUGCCGGCCACUAAAUUCAGAUGCUACAAUGAUCCUCCUCCUCCAUCAAGGUUUAAGACAUCUGAAGAUGCCCCAUACAUAGAUGAAAGCUCACAGACUGACAGUGACAUUGAAGAAGAAAUCUGCCCACUAAAUGAAGAAUUGAACUUUGUUAAUGAAGAAAAUGUCGUUGAUCUCGAUGCUUCUGUUUCCAUUGACAAACACAACUUGGGAAUUUCAGUUGACAAGGAGUUGCAGCGCCAAUUUUAUUCUCCAAUUACGCUGGACAGAUCGAACCGCAUCAGGGCAGAGGAUUCUGUAGAAAAUGUAGCAUUGCCAAGAACCCAGUACAUCAAUAAAUUACCCAGAAAGCUAAGUGGGACAGAACGCAUUGGUUUAAGCUUGCCAGAGCCACCUCUACAUCUUUUGGGUCAGCAUGUUUUUGAGAGAACUAAUUCCUUCAAAUCUUUCAAAGCUUACAAAUCUUUCAGGACAUAUAGUUCUUUCGAGUCAAACAUGGCCUCACUUGCCAAGUUUGACCUCAAAAGCCCGAAAAACCGGAAAAAAAGGUCAACUUACGUUAAAAUAGUAAGCAAGCAAAUGGUUGGAAUUUUCCUUACCAUCUGGGUUCGCAGAAGCAUGCGAAAGCUGAUACAGAACUUAAAUGUGUCUUCUGUUGGUGUUGGUGCCAUGAGCUAUAUAGGCAACAAGGUUAGUUCCUUUUUAUAAUUGUAGCUUGGAGUUAUAAUAGUACUUCUGGAUGCUCUUAUUACU